AUGUCUCAAGUUCAAGUGCAAGUUCAGAACCCAUCUGCUGCUCUCUCAGGGAGCCAAAUACUGAACAAGAACCAGUCUCUUCUCUCACAGCCUUUGAUGAGUAUUCCUUCUACUGCUAGCUCUCUGCCCUCUGAAAAUGCAGGUAGACCUAUUCAAAACUCUGCUUUACCCUCUGCAUCUGUUACAUCCACCAGUGCAGCUGCAGUUCCUUCUAACAUGGCACACCCUAAAGAGAAAACCCCAAUGUGUCUUGUGAAUGAGUUAGCCCGUUUCAACAAGAUUCAGCCUGAGUAUAAGCUUUUGCGUGAGCAAGGUCCAGCUCACUGUAAGGUGUUUACAGUGCAGCUCACACUUGGCGAUCAGCACUGGGAAGCUGAAGGAACUAGUAUUAAAAAAGCCCAACACACAGCUGCUGCCAAAGCUUUGGAAGGAACAAAAUUUCCUAAACCUAUAGUCCGCCCUUUUCGUAGCGAAGGAAGAAAUCCAGAAAGCAUAACCCCUACUGUAGAGCUAAAUGCACUGUGCAUGAAACUUGGGAAAAAACCAAUGUAUAAGCCUGUCGACCCUUACUCUCGGAUGCAGUCCACCUAUAACUACAACAUGAGAGGAGGUGCUUAUCCCCCAAGGUACUUUUACCCAUUUCCAGUCCCACCUUUACUUUACCAAGUUGAACUUUCUGUGGGAGGACAGCAAUUUAAUGGGAAGGGAAAGACGAGACAGGCUGCGAAGCACGACGCUGCUGCGAAAGCCCUGAGGAUCCUGCAGAGUGAGCCCCCCGCCGAGAGGCUGGAGGUAAAUGGAAGAGAGUCAGAAGAAGAAAAUCUCAAUAAAUCUGAAAUAAGUCAAGUGUUUGAGAUUGCACUUAAACGGAACUUGCCUGUGAAUUUUGAGUCUUUCCCUCCAAAACAGGUUGCCCGGGAGAGCGGCCCACCCCACAUGAAGAGCUUUGUGACCAGGGUGUCGGUUGGGGAGUUUGUGGGGGAAGGUGAAGGGAAGAGCAAGAAGAUUUCAAAGAAAAACGCUGCUAUAGCUGUUCUCGAGGAGCUGAAGAAGUUACCACCCCUGCCUACAGUGGAGCGGGUGAAGCCUAGAAUCAAAAAGAAAACAAAAUCCAUAGUCAGGCUGCAGAGCGGCCCCGACUAUGGCCAGGGGAUGAACCCGAUCAGCAGGCUUGCCCAGAUCCAGCAGGCGAAGAAGGAGAAGGAGCCGGAGUAUGUGCUGCUCGCCGAGCGGGGCCUCCCACGACGCAGGGAGUUUGUCAUGCAGGUGAAGGUGGGAAACCACGCGGCAGAGGGCUCAGGCACCAACAAGAAAGUGGCCAAACGCAACGCAGCCGAAAACAUGCUGGAGAUCCUCGGUUUCAAAGUCCCACAGUCUCAGCCCUCCAAACCAGCCCUCAAGUCGGAGGAGAAGACACCUAUAAAGAAACCAGGGGAUGGAAGAAAAGUAACCUUUUUUGAACCUGGCUCUGGGGAUGAAAAUGGGACUAGUAAUAAAGAGGAUGAGUUUAGGAUGCCUUACCUUAGUCAUCAGCAGCUGCCUGCUGGGAUCCUCCCCAUGGUGCCCGAGGUUGCCCAGGCAGUGGGAGUCAGUCAAGGACAUCACACCAAAGAUUUCGCCAGGGUAGCUCCGAAUCCUGCCAAGGCCACGGUAACUGCCAUGAUAGCCCGAGAACUGUUGUAUGGGGGCACCUCGCCUACAGCCGAGACCAUUUUAAAGAGUAACAUCUCUUCAGGCCACGCACCCCACGGACCUCUGACGAGACCCUCUGAGCAGCUGGACUAUCUCUCCACAGUCCAGGGAUUCCAGGUUGAAUACAAAGACUUCCCCAAAAACAACAAGAACGAAUUUGUAUCUCUUAUCAACUGCUCCUCUCAGCCGCCCCUGAUCAGCCACGGUAUCGGGAAGGACGUGGAGUCCUGCCACGACAUGGCUGCGCUGAACAUUUUAAAGUUGCUGUCUGAGUUGGACCAACAGAAUACAGAGAUGCCAAGGACAGGAAAUGGACCAAUGUCUGUGUGUGGGAGGUGCUGA